GGUGAGAGAGAGAAAAAAGGAGAGAGAGAGAGAGAGAGAGCAGUGUUUUAAACAUUCAAAGAGAGAAUCAUUGGCGAGGUGUCGCACCGAAACAUUAGGGAAUCACUGGACAUGCCAGACCCUCAGGGAUGACCAAGGAAGAUUACUGAACCGUCGGAAUCAACGCUAGAGAACGUUAACGGAACAUCCUGAGGCUGUUAGCUUAUAAUCUGCAGCCUUUAGAUAAGAACCUCCUUCGAAUACAUGCGUACAUGUGUGCGAGUUUCCAUCUGUGUAUGUGACGCUAAAGAUGAGGACCUCGCUGGACAGUCAGGAUCCCUUUUUUUCUUUAAAACGGUGAUUUUUCCUGUAGGGGAACUGUGAGGAACUCAAUGGAAUCAUGCUUUAGCUCAACUUCAGAUUUCUUUCUUAUAUAUUUCCAUGCAUGCGAAGGGAAGAAAAAAGGCAACGCAAACUGAUCCAGAGCUGCUUUGGUACUCUCUCUCACUUACGGAUUGGUUCUGGUCGGGCAGAGUGGCAUGAGUGUGGGCAAGCCCCACCACUACAACAUUGUGUCAUCGUCGGAGGAGGACGUGUACCGGCACGGCAACAUGCCUGCCCUCGGCAAUGGCUUUGGUAACGGCAAGAUCCAGACGCGCCGGAAGGCAUGGAGCCGCUUCGUAAACAAGACAGGUCAGUGCAACAUCAGUUUCGCUCACAUGGACGAGCAAUCUCAGCGCUACCUCGCUGACAUCUUCACCACCUGCGUGGACAUUCGUUGGCGCUGGAUGUUUGUUCUUUUCUCCCUUGCAUUUGUCCUGUCCUGGCUCGCGUUUGGUUUCGCCUUCUGGCUUAUUGCUCUUGUCCACGGUGACUUAGACCGGCCCACUAAUGAUGACUUCACACCAUGUGUCAUGCAGGUCAACAGCUUUGUUGCGGCGUUUCUGUUCUCAGUUGAGACGCAAACAACGAUUGGCUAUGGAUUCCGCUGCGUAACCGAGGAGUGUCCCUUAGCGGUGUUCAUGGUCGUCCUCCAGUCCAUCGUGGGCUGCAUCAUUGACUCUUUCAUGAUCGGUGCCAUCAUGGCCAAAAUGGCGCGACCUAAGAAACGAGCAGAAACGAUACUGUUCUCACACAAUGCUGUCAUAGCAAUGCGAGACGGGAAGCUGUGCCUCAUGUGGCGGGUCGGGAACUUGAGGAAAAGUCACAUCGUAGAGGCUCAUGUGCGGGCGCAGCUUAUUAAGCCCCGAAUCACAGAAGAGGGCGAGUACAUACCGCUCGAUCAGAUCGACAUCAAUGUGGGUUACGACCAAGGUCUCGACCGCAUCUUCUUGGUUGCUCCUCUCACCAUCCUCCACGAGAUAAACGAGGAGAGUCCUCUGUAUGGAAUCAGCAAGCAGGACCUGGAGACAUCUGAUUUUGAGAUUGUGGUCAUACUGGAAGGGAUGGUCGAGGCGACUGCGAUGACGGCUCAGGUGCGCAGCUCCUACCUGGCCAGCGAGAUCUUAUGGGGCCAUCGCUUUGAGCCCGUGGUGUUUGAGGAACGCAACCAGUAUAAGGUGGACUAUUCCCACUUUCAUAAGACCUAUGAGGUUCCCUCCACGCCAAGUUGCAGCGCCAAAGACAUGGAGGAGAACAAGUCCUUGGAGUCCGCCGCCAACUUCUGCUAUGAGAACGAGUUAGCCUUCAUUAGUAGGGAUGAAGAGGAGCAAGAGGAGGACAGGGGUGAGAGGGGGACUGAGCUAGAGACCCUUUCAGCCAAUCUGAACUUCGAUCAGAGGUCAUAUCACAAAGAAUCCGAAAUAUGACCCUUGAUUGUCACCUUAAAGACUUUGCUUUAUCGUAGACUCAGCCUAUUCUUCUAGUGUCGUAACGGUUAGCUACAGAGCCAUGCAAGUGCCAUAUGAAACCUUGACCCACUGUCCUAGAGCCAUGCUGUAGUUGGGGGCAGGUCAGGAAAAGAAAAUGCUUUUGUAGUUGUUGGAAAUGCGAGGCCUUCCUGUAGGAAAACUUGAAAUCUGAUUAUCUGUUUCAUACUGUAGUUUGAAGUGAUAGCUUUAAGUAGUAUCAUUAUGCAAUACUAAGCUAGCCUGGGUGCCAUAUUGACUAAAUCUCUCUCUUGUUAACAGAAUUUGCACAUAAUAGGUUGUCAACCACUAGUGUGUUUGCUUGGAUAUAGAGUAGAACAUGAUACACUCUUGUUUUGGUGUGAUUUACAGCAAUAAAGAGACUUGAAGAUAUUUAUCCAUUUUUUUCCCUUUACGUCAGAGCAAAGACUGCAAUGUCUGAUAGCUUUAUUUUUACCGUGUAAUGAGGUACUACUUUAGAGGUGUGUGAAAGAUAAUUAACACCUACACAGAGGCUGAUUUACCGCUAACUGGAAAUGAGCAAAAUGGUUCCCAGGCUAGCAAAUAGCAAAGACACAAAGCUAUUUAUUCAGUAUUAGAAAGUGAGUAGAAAAUAUAUACUGUAUGAGUUUGUGAGUGGAUGAGUGAAAGAUAAGGCAUGAUGGGAUACAGUUAAACUUUUUUUUUUUUCACAACAAACCACCAUUCAGGCUCAGGCCAGACACCCUUGAAUAAAACCGCUUGUAUACUUACAAUGACAGCCAGAGGAAAAACAACAGUUUCAUGUUGCUCAAGUGCCAUAUUAAACCCAUAACUUAUGGAUUUCUUUGUGUUGUAGCCAAAUUUUGAACCUCUAAAACCAGAUAUUUACAACAUUACAUCUUUUGCUAAAGCAAGUUACAUUGUGCUAGUGUGUGUGUGUUUUAUAAGGUAUGAACUUCAGUUUGACCUUUCUUUAUUGGUGUUUCUUUCCUCAGUAUCAAAACAGCUGCCCACUUGCGAAUGUGAAAGGAAAUGAUCAAUACUAAAAGCUACUUCUAUGGUAGAUGUUAAAGAAUGAAAAGUCAGUAUUGGAUU